GGAGCCGGCGACGUGAGGCGGUCCACGGUCUUGCUGCACGGAGAGCCUGGGAAAGCGAAAUGGAGGGUUGUGUGUCUAACCUAAUGGUCUGCAAUCUGGCCUACAGCGGGAACCUGGAGGAGUUGAAGGAAAGGAUCCUGGCGGAUAAAUCCCUGGCUACUAGAACUGACCAGGACAGCAGAACUGCAUUGCAUUGGGCGUGCUCAGCAGGACAUACAGAAAUUGUUGAAUUCUUGCUGCAGCUUGGAGUGCCAGUGAAUGAUAAAGAUGAUGCAGGUUGGUCUCCUCUUCAUAUUGCUGCUUCUGCUGGCCGGGAUGAGAUUGUAAAAGCCCUUCUGGGAAGAGGUGCCCAAGUGAAUGCUGUCAAUCAAAAUGGCUGUACUCCCCUACAUUAUGCAGCUUCCAGAAACAGGCACGAGAUCACUGUCAUGUUACUGGAAGGCGGGGCUAAUCCAGACUCUAAGGACCAUUAUGAGGCUACCGCAAUGCACCGGGCAGCAGCCAAGGGUAACUUGAAGAUGAUUCAUAUCCUUCUGUACUACAAAGCAUCCACAAACAUCCAAGACACUGAGGGUAACACUCCUCUACACUUAGCCUGUGACGAGGAGAGAGUGGAAGAAGCAAAACUGCUGGUAUCACAAGGAGCAAGUAUUUACAUUGAGAAUAAAGAAGAAAAGACACCCCUUCAAGUGGCCAAAGGUGGUCUGGGUUUAACACUCAAGAAAAUGGUGGAAGGUUAAGCAGCUUGGCAUUAUUCUUUCUUUGUAUGUUUUGUGGUUGUCCCCAGUGUCCUGGCAACUAAUGUACUUGUGCACAAGACAUCAUCUAUAAAUGAUGAAGUUUUUUUUCACGUUCUAAGUCUUUCACAUGUUUUGAAUAUUGUUCCUGCUGAGAUACUUGUUCUUAGCUUACAGGCACUGAAUAACUGUUGAUAUUGUUCUACUAUUGUAUGUUAUUCCCUAUUGAAUUUUGGUAAAUUUUGAGUGUUUCUGUGGCUGUUGUGAGUCUGCAGUACUCUCCCAAGCAACCUCUGUCCACUCUGAAGCAGAAUAACUCCAAAAGCAUCAGGCCAGUUGUUCUGCCAAAUGUUUUUAGGUAGAUUCUAGAAUGUUCCUUCUGUACAGUCGAAACACAUUCUAACUUGUUUUUCAAGCUCACUCAGAGUCCUAUACCAAAUAUUUCUGUUUUUGCAGUAGAACAUUUAAUUUAUUUUUGUUACAGGAGGAAUACUUAUAUAUUUUAAAGGACCAAAUUUUCAGUUGGAGGACUUGCUAUCCAAGUUUGCCAUUCAUAAACACUAAAAUAAAAAAAAUGAUAGCCCAUGUACCCGUGUAUCUUAUUAAUAAGCUAUUUUUCUCCAUAACGUGUUGUGUUUAAAAAGGAAGUUUUUAAGUACCUGUAUUAAGUCAUCCUGUUUUGAAAAGAAUGUCAGGCUUGUUAACAUGCUAUGUAACAAAAAUGUGUUUUGAUUUGUAUUUCAAAAACAAAAAAUAAAAUGUUGAGAGAAUC